GGGCAGUUCGCCAGGGGAGGCAGACCAGAGAGGGCUGCUCCCAAGAUCCCGGCCCCCUGUUUCCCUUUCUCCCUUAUGGGGAGGGUCACCCUAUGGCCACUGUCCCCCAAUCCCAGAGCUCGCCCCUCGCCUGAGAGGUUCACGGCGACCCCCGGCCACCUUUUAACUCCCGCGUGACGUGUGCGUUUCAAAACAAUUUCGUUCUGAAAGACCCGUUCUAACUCGAUUCUAAGAAUCUGCGGUUCUCAGGCCCAGACUUCGUCAUCCUGGUCUGCAGGACUUUCUGAGAUUCUGAGUUUCGGUCCCCAGCUCCUGCGUUUGGAGGAGACACGUCUCCGGAUCCACCCGGGCCCGUGCCAGGUGGUCUGCGCCCCGGCCUCCAUGAGCGAGCCCGAGGAGUGAUCGGCCGGCCUUCGGGCUCUCCAGCGGGAACGGACGUGGGGGACCUGUCCUCCCGCAAAGCCAGUGCCGUGAAGAUUGCUCUGGGGGAAAGGAAGGAUGCCGCUCUUCUUCCGGAAGCGGAAGCCCAGUGAGGAGGCUCGAAAGCGCCUGGAGCACCAGAUGUGUCUGGCAAAAGAAGCUGGGGCAGAUGACAUUCUUGACAUCUCUAAAUGUGAGCUCUCAGAGAUUCCAUUUGGGGCUUUCGCAACAUGCAAGGUUCUGCAGAAGAAGGUGCUGAUUGUCCACACAAAUCACCUCACUUCCCUGCUUCCGAAACCCUGCAGCCUCCUGAGUCUCAUAACCAUCAAGGUUCUGGAUCUUCAUGAUAAUCAGCUCACAGCCCUUCCUGAGGAUAUAGGGCAGCUGAAAGCUCUUCAGGUAUUGAACUUGGAAAGGAAUCAACUGACGUAUCUCCCACGUUCCAUUGGGAACCUGACCCAGCUCCAGACCCUCAAUGUGAAAGACAACAAGCUGAAGGAGCUUCCAGACACUUUGGGGGAACUUCGGAGCCUACGUACUCUCGACAUCCGUGAAAAUGAGAUUCAGAGGUUGCCGCAGAUGCUGGCUCAUGUUCGAACCCUGGAGACUCUGAGCCUGGACUCCUCGUCCAUGCUCUUUCCGCCGUCCGAGGUGUGUGGCGCCGGCACCGAGGCCAUUCAGCGGUUCCUCUGCAAAGAGUCAGGGCUGGAAUACUACCCCCCUUCCCAGUACCUGCUGCCAGUGCUGGAGCAAGAUAGAGCCGAGAACUCCCAGGACAGCCCUGAUGGGCCCACGGACAGAUUCUCCAGGGAGGAGGUAGAGUGGCAAAAUAGGUUCUCAGACUAUGAGAAGAGGAAGGAACGGAAGAUGCUGGAGAAACUUGAGUUUGAACGGCGCCUGGAACUCAUGCAGCGAGAGCAUGCCCAGCUCCUUCAGCAGAGCCACAGUCAAAAAGACGAGAUCCUUCAGUCCGUCAGGGAGGAGCAGUCCCGGCUGGACCAGGGCCUCAGCGAGCACCGGCGAUACCUCGAUGCAGAGCGUCAGCGGCUGCAGGAGCAGCUGAAGCAGACAGAGCAGAACAUCUCCAACCGGAUCCAGAAGCUCCUGCAGGACAAUCAGAGGCAAAAGAAGAGUUCCGAGAUUUUGAAGGCACUAGAAAAUGAAAGAAUAAGAAUGGAACAAUUGAUGUCCAUAACCCAGGAGGAGACAGAGAACCUGCGAAGAAAUGAGAUUGCCUCCGCCAUGCAGCAGAUGCUGACCGAGAGCUGUAAGAACCGCUUCAUCCAGAUGGCCUAUGAGUCUCAGAGGCAAAACUUGGUCCAGCAGGCCUGUUCCAGCAUGGCUGAAAUGGAUAUGCGGUUCCAGCAGAUUCUUUCGUGGCAGCAGAUGGAUCAGAACAAGGCCAUCAGCCAGAUCCUGCAGGAGAGCGCCAUGCAGAAGGCUGCAUUUGAGGCUCUCCAAGUGAAGAAAGACCUGAUGCAUCGGCAGAUCAGGAACCAGAUUAAGUUAAUAGAAACUGAGUUAUUGCAGCUGACACAGCUGGAGUUAAAGAGGAAAUCCCUGGACACAGAGACACUACAGGAGAUGAUCUCAGAGCAGCGCUGGGCUCUCACCGACCUGCUCCAACAGCUGCUCAAAGAGAAGACACAACGAGAGAAAGAACUCCAGGCAAUCCUGAGGGAGUUAGAAGCCAAAAGCGAAACCAAGCAGGAAAAUUACUGGCUGAUUCAGUAUCAGCGGCUUUUGAACCAGAAACCCUUGUCCUUGAAGCUGCAGGAAGAAGGCAUGGAGCGCGAGCUGGCGGCCCUGCUGGUGGAGCUGUCAGCCGAGCACUACCUGCCCAUCUUUGCCCAUCACCGCAUCUCGCUGGACAUGCUGAGCCGGAUGAGCCCCGGGGACCUGGCCAAGGUGGGUGUCUCGGAAGCUGGCCUACAACAUGAGAUCCUGCGGAGAGUCCAGGAGCUGCUGGACGUGGCCAGGAUCCAGCCAGAGCUUCUGAAAGCACCCCAGGGCGAGGUCCUUGGGGCCCUGGAGCCCACUGCCCCUGAGGAGUCUCCUGAGUCCGUGAGGCCAUCAGCUCCCCCAAUGGAGCUGGAGGUGCAGACCUCAGAGUGUGUCGUGUGCCUGGAACGGGAGGCCCAGAUGAUCUUCCUCAACUGCGGCCACGUCUGCUGCUGCCCGCAGUGCUGCCAGCCACUGCGCACGUGCCCGCUGUGCCGCCAGGAGAUCGCCCAGCGCCUCCGGAUCUACCACAGCAGCUGAGUGCCGGCCUGGGCCCUGGCCCCCCCACCUCUGCCACCCGCAGGCCCAGGGCUCCAGCUCACCCCCUGCUCUCCGCAGACUAGUAAGGCCCCCUCUGUCCUGGGCCCUGCCCCAAGCCCAGGAGGGUGCCCCCCACCCCUGAUCUCCAAGACGUCUGGGCUGGGCCCAGGCAGAAAGUGAGUGUUCCUGACCGAUGACCUGAAUACUGUGUAAGAGAGGAUCCCUCACGGUGUACCAGGGAGUGUCCUGGCCAGUGUGGCUCUGCCACCUCCCAGCUGACUAUGGCAGGUCCCUUUCCCUCCAAGAGCCUCGGGGUCCUCGUCAGGAGAACACAGACAGUGCUGUCCCUUUCAGCAGGGCAGUGGGAGUGCAGGAGGACCCUGGUGCGGGGAGAGGAGGCCACAGAUGGAGCCGGUGACCACAGGCCACCACGGGCUGAUUGAUCGGCUGGAAGGUGUUCAGUGCAAGCCUUGUGCCACAGGCGACAUCAGUCCCUCCCUGCCUCCUUCACUGCUGCCCCUCAAAGCUCUUGGCCCUUCUAUUCUCCAGAUCUGCACCACCUCACCCCAUAUGGCUCAAGGGCAGGGAAUGAGCUUUGCAGACCCCGAGCAGGAACAUCAAUAAACCUGUUCACUUCCA